AUGUCAGCUCUGGAAUACUGUGAAACGUUCGCAACACGUGGGAAGUCUUCAUGGAAAAAUGUUCACAGAUGUAAAUUAUGCCCCUAUUUUACAACCGCUGUUUUCCUUAUGAUCAACCACGUCAGACGACACCGUUUCCCUCUGGAAAAAUUGACUUGCGACAACGUCAAAAUUGAAGCUUAUUUUUGUAAAAAUUGCGAUUUUAAGACGGAACUAACAGUUUUGUUCAAAGAACACAUUAUUAAAUAUCAUGGGGUUAAGAAGGAAUCUAGAGACGAUUUAUUAAGUGAGGACUUCUGCAUACAAACCUAUGUUUGCGAAAAAUGCGACUUUGAAACAAAUUUCUCAUUAAAGUGGAUGCAGCAUAUUUCAGCGUGCACGAAAAAGAAAGAAUAUCCUCAAAGUGUGACUUCUCCGUCACAGAAUGACACAUACACUUUCAAUUUCAAACGAACUGACGAAACAAAUUGGUACUACUGUGUGCAAUGUUCCUACAAAGCUAAACUCAAAGGUACUUUAAAAUCUCAUAUUAUGACAAAACACGAGAUGAAUAAGCGAUAUGCAUGCGAAAAGUGUCCAUUUAAAUGUUCUCGGAAAUUUACGUUAAAGAUACACAUAAAUCGAAUUCACUUAGAUGAACAAGAUGUUGAAUGGCACAAAUGCAACAAUUGUCCAUUCAAGGCCAAAGCAAAAUGUGAUUUAGUUCGCCAUGUAAAAAGACGUCACUUGAACGACGAAGACGUUAGAUGGUAUAAAUGCAAUGAGUGUCCUUUCAAAACUACACAGAAAUAUUAUCUAAAGAAACACGCAAUUAGAAAACAUCUAGACGAAGAAAAAAUUAACUGGCACGAAUGUGAGAAAUGCGCAUAUAAAACUAAAAAUGCGUCGGAUUUAAAAAGGCAUAAGAUUUUUAGACAUUUGGAUGAAGAAAACGUUAAGUGGUAUCAAUGUGUUCAUUGUCCAUUUAAGACGAAAUUAAAUGCUACUUUAAAAUGCCAUAUAAAUUACCGCCAUUUGGACGAAACUGAAAUUAAAUGGUACAAAUGCAAUAAUUGUUCUUUCAGAACGAAAUAUAAACAUUGUCUAAAGACACACACAAUUACAAAACAUCUCAACGAAGAAAAAAUUAAUUGGCACGAAUGUGAAAAAUGCUCAUAUAAAACUAAAUAUGCAUCGGAUUUAAAAAGGCAUACGAUUUUGAGACAUUUGGAUGAAGAAAACGUUAAGUGGUAUCAAUGUGUUCAUUGUCCAUUUAAGACGAAAUUCAAUGCUACUUUAAAGUGCCAUAUAAAUAGGCGCCAUUUGGAUGAAACUGAAGCUAAAUGGUACAAAUGCGAACACUGCCCUUACAAAAGUAAAAAUCAUUCAUCUUUUUAUAAGCACAGAAGGAAACAUAUGGGUUUAAUUGACGAUAAGCCGGAAAUGAAGUAUUAA